UUCAGCUUCUAACGCGUGAAUCUACAGGAAGUGAUUUCUAUAAUCACCUUGGUCAGCUGUUAGGCUGCCCAAUCUCAGAGUGUUUGUUUUAUUUUUUACAUUUCUCUGUUUGACUGACCGUAUCUGUUUUCUGCAGCUGUGACGUCAUUGCGACUCUGUCACUCCCUGAGUCACGUUCACGGUUGUUUGUCCUGCGCGCGACUUGAGCAGCAGCUAGCUGAGUUUGAAAUUUAGCUGUCAUUGGAAACAUGAACACGUUGGUGACCAAAUUAGACCACAAAUGGAUUAGUUUAGCCUUGAGACAACCCUGGAUAACGGCUAUGGCAACUUCCAAGGUCCAGCUCUCCACAGUUCCUCCAGAACCGGUCAUCCCCUCUAAGAAGCCUUUCAGAGUGGAGCUGGUUGGUGGAAAGCGUUACUCAUGGUGCACCUGUGGACACAGCAAGAAACAGCCUUUCUGCGACGGCGCCCACAAAACCAAAGCCCAGGGCCUGUCCCCGCUACGCUUUGUCCCUGAGAAAGACACCACAGUUUGGUUGUGUGGUUGCAAGUACACAAACAACCCACCUUACUGUGAUGGCACGCACAAGCAGGACUUCAUCGUAUCUGCCCCGCUACAUGAACAAACCGACUCCUGAAAAGGAAGUCGGAGAUGUCUUUGAACUGAGCAUUAAUGUCGCUGUUGCGUUCACAUUUUUGUACAUCAGCACGCUCGAUGGAAGCAGCACAUGUGAACUGAUAGACCGUGACGAGUGUUUGAAUCUAGUCUCUUGUCAGUACUCCUCUCAGUGCUUGGCAGAGAAGGGAGUGGCAGUGGAAAGGUUAACACCACAACCCUCAAAUUCAUUUGUCCUUUCUGUCCUUUAUAUGGGACGAUAUGAUGAUAUACUGUGAAAUAACAGAGGUUUGAGUACUGAUGGAGAUUUUACGAUACUGUUUAUACUGAGAAAGCUAAAAUAGCUCUAGUUUUAUUAGGCAAUUGUGGGCAAUGUUACAAAUAAAUAAACAGUACUGGAAGUCGAUAGAAAAGGAUGUUAAAGAUGGGAUGUAAUAGUAUUAUGGCUAAGAGUUUGAAGCUCUAGAGAAUGGAUUUACAGGAGAAAACUGUGUCUGUGUAGAAGUUUUACACUGAAGUAUGUGCAUGAAGUGAUGUGAUCAUUUCAUCCCAUAGAGUCAGUGGGAAGGUAUGAUAAUGCAGAGUCUCCAUAAAGUAGCCAUCUGUCAGGGCCAGAGAGUAAGCCUCUUCGUCAUCUAAUAAAUGCAACAUUGUCUUCCCUUUGAACGUUUGGGUGUUGUAUGUAUAUGAUUUUGAUCAUUUAAAUAAGCUCAGUAUAUACACUGAGCUGCCAGUUAGGCCAGCCUGUCUACAAUAAUGCUAUUAAAUAAUCGAUUAAAAACAGUUAUAAAACUCAAAAAACUGAUGUCUCUGCUAGAUCAGGAACAGAGUACACAUUGGUAAUGCCCUGUAAUAUUUUACACAAACCUUCCUCUAAUGGACGGAGCCUUAAUAGUGAGAAUGUGAUAUACUGUAUGUAGUAAUGGUUGCAGGUAUUUUGGUGAAAAACAUUUUGUGACUUUAUCAUGUCAACCAGGGCAGGCCCUGGCUUUUAUGGACCCCUAGGUAGGAUCUAGAGAGAAUAAGCUCCAUCUGUAUGUUUCAUCCACCGGGCGGCUUUUUACAUGAGCUACUGACACUUUGCUGUACAUGUACACACAGUCACUUAAACGCAGAGCUUGUUAGAAAGGCGUUCAAAUGAAAGACAGGAUCUUUAUGUGUUUAACAACUGAUUUUUCACUCUAUGCCUUUCAUCGCCAACGCUGUCAGUUUCACAUUCAUCAGGAAACAGAAAAUCUGAUCACAUCAUAUAUAUAUAUCACAAUAUCACAAUAUAUAUAUAUGUAUAUCAGCGAUUCCCAACCUGGCAUUUGGACCCAUAACGGGUCGCAGCGUAAUUAACAAAAAUCAUUAAUGCUACUCAAAAUACUGUUUACUUUUUCCUCAAAUCUUUGCUUUUUUUCUUGUGAAAUACCAGAGCGUACAGAGAACGUAAUCUCUGAGUAGAUAUUGCCUGGCCAUCAAGGGUCACAAGACAUAACAAAAGGACAUAUGGCAUCAGAAGCACACAUGUGGUCUCACGGAGAGCAUUGUCUUACACGUUGGUCCAAUAUCUUCCAUAGGUGUGAAACCGGGUUGAGAUCUGGUGACUUGUAAAGGCCGUAGCAUUUUAUUCACAUCAUUUUCACCCUCACCAAAGCAUUCAGUGAGCCCUGGUGCACGGAAGCAUCUGCAUUUGAUGUUUCUCCACUCUUUUAUUCAGGUUUUUUCCUUUCAUUGGUCCCGCCUGUAUCAUGGUAAUGAGCGUGUCUGGUCUCUUUACUCUCGUUAUUUAUGUUUGGUUUUAGUUUAUUACUGCUCUGGUUAUUUAACUGAUUAAAAGGUUGAGUUUGAUCUGUAACAGAACUGCCUGCCUCUGUUCAUUUUGAUUUAACACAGAAUGCUGAAAUGAUUUAAAUGUUGAGCAAAGCUUGUUUUUUUACUCGCCAUUUUUGCUAUGUGCACAUAGCAUGUGCAACAACAUGCUUCACAACCUAUUAUUACUAUACCCACAACAGGGAAUCAUAAGCAGGACACUCAGGUCAGAAAAACUUAGUAAGUAAACAUUUUAUUGACCUAAAACAUGCACAUAUGGCUGAUAAAAAAAAGUAUCAUUGUUUGUUGAAAAGAAACAAAAGGAAUGUUGAAAUGUAUGGAACUACAACAUACAUGGCCAAAUAUUCAAAUCCCUUUUGAGUUCUUCGACUGCCACGAGAGAAAGAAUACGGUCUGCUGACAAACGUUUGCUUGCGAGCAUGGUAGUGCUUGGAAAUGUGUAAAUAUAAAUGCUUCUCCUGUUGGAAAAUACAUGUUGGUUUGGAUUGUGUAAUCUGACCUUAAAAAGUGCAUCAACAGUUAUAUGUAAUGUACCUGUAUUACCUGAUGAGCGGUUGCUUAUACUGGACACUUAUACAGCAGUUAUUAACAUGACUGUUCAAAGGCAAGGAUUAGCUUUUUUUUUUUUUUUUUUUUUAAUACA